GCCCCGGCAGGGCACCGCCCCGGGCGGCGCUUGGCCCCACCGCGCUGCCGUCGUGGGGCGGGGCCGCAGCGGCAGCCAUGGCGGCGCCCGUCGUGCCGGAGACCGACAGCAUCCGCCGGGCCGUGUCGCUACUGAACGCCGUGGACCCGGGCCGCUUCCCGCGGCUGCUGUCCCGCCUGCUGCAGAAGCUGCACCUGAAGGCUGAAAGUAGCUUCAGUGAAGAGGAAGAAGAAAAACUUCAAAUAGCUUUUUCGUUGGAAAAGCAGGAUCUUCAUCUAGUUCUUGAAACUAUAUCAUUCAUUUUGGAACAGGCAGUUUAUCACAAUCUGAAGCCUGCUUCACUGAAACAACAGCUGCAAAGUAUUCACCUGGAUCAAGACAAAGCUGAAGCAUUUGCCAGUGCAUGGGCAGCUGCAGGUCAAGAUACGAUUGAAAAGUUCAGGCAGAGGGUUUUGACCCCUCAGAAGCUCGAAACAAUUGGAUGGCAGCUUAAUCUUCAAAUGGCUGAGUCCAUGCAAGCAAAGCUGAAAUCUCCUCGAGCUGUGCUAGAGCUGGGUGUUAGCAAUGAAGAUUCAAAGGUGUCCCUGCUUGAUCUGAGGGGUUGGACCAGAUGACCUCCAGAAGUCCCUGCUAAGUCCCUGCCAACCUCAACCAUUCUUUGAUUAUGUAGUGAGCAGAAGAAAGGCUCUGGAAUAAAGUUCACCACUCCUUCAGCUGUGCCAAUAUAAUGUUUAUGAAGCUAUAGCACUUACCGUAUAACUGAAAUGAAUUAGGAAAUGAAACAAAAUCAAAGUUCUUGAAGGUUUACUGGAAAUCUUGAUUUCUCCCAACAAAAGAUUGCACUGACAAAAGGAACUGAACUAUGGUAUGCAGGUAGUUGUGAGUUGUUAGCUUGAGGUGAGACGUACCAGAGAAAAUACAAGUGUGGUCUGUCUCUUUCUUAACUGUUACACUUCUAUUUCAUAGUCACUGGAAUCAUACUUUCCAAAAUGGAUGUCCUUUCCAAGAUCUUAGAAGACAAUUUAUGACUAGUAUUGUCAUUUACAGAUGCAUAUGAAUGUGAGACUCUUGUAUGUAUGCUUGCAUCUUUUGAGAAGGACCAGUGCUUAUUGUACAAAGAUUAGGAAGAUUGUUAGUAAUACCAUAAAACAUGUUGUUCUUAGAAGGAGAAGAGAGAAAUGACUUGCAUGGAAUUUAUUAAGAUUGAUGAAUUUGAAUUUCUUGUUAAUUCUCUUAAUCUCACUGGUUUCAUUAAGUGUUUCAGGAAUUCCUACAGAUUUAAAAACCGUGAAAUUGCUAAUUAUUUUUGUACAUGUUUGUCUGAAGUGUAUUUGAUUAGAUCCCUUUUCUGUUAUUAGUUGUGUCAUUCAUAUACUCAACCUUAAAAUAAUAUAAUCUACACUCCAAGUAAUUCACAGUCUCGAAGAGCUUUAUGUAUGAAGUUUGCAUAUAAAAUUUUACAGAUGUUAAGUUUAUCUCAUGGAACUCCAGCUGUUUUAAAAAUCUCUUUUUGUGUGUGUACAAAUAUAAACUGAAGAAUGCAGUACAAAGAAUUUGAUUUGUAAGUAAUGUACGGACAGCUAAAAGGUAUCAGGUAUGAAACACCAAUAAGAAAGUUACC